GGGUUUGUUUCCACGAGCAAAAGAAUCAGAUUGGUUCACCGGAAAUUUCUGGCGCAUCCGCUCCAUGUUGUCGCCAAUCUGUCGUAUAACACCACGACAGAACGUUAGACUUAGCACUGGAGUUGAGCGAGAGCCGGUUGCACGCUUGUGGGUCGCGUUGCAUCCGGGGAUUCCUAUACAUAUUUGGCCAACAGCGCCUCGGACGGAUUUCCGUUCCGUGGUUUGAACCGCAAUCGACUCACCGUACCUCCGCCAUCGUGCGCGAAAUAGUACGGGCGCAUUAGUUCUACUCCUCGCCACUUGCCACCGAACAUGAGGGGUGAAGCGGCCUCUACACCCAAAGCGUCAGUGUCUGGCAUGUCGCCCUUCAGCUCGUGGAAAGCCGCUGCUACGUCAAAAAUAAAAGGGACAAUUAAUAACGUCACGACAACCCUGGCCACAGUCCAAUCUGAUAGGGUGAAAAAUGGCCCCAGACAGGGUAGCUUCCUCGUUCAGAUCAAAGAGCAGUGGCUCCAUGAUCGCGCGCUUCGCCGUGAAGAAGAGUCCAAAGGACAUCAGAGGAUCGCUCUCUUCCCCGGGUGGGCAACGAAGAGAUACUCAAUCCCUUCUUUCCCGCGUGCGCCAGAGUCAUCUUUUACGGUGGAGGUUUUUGUUUCUGGAUAUGCAUAUAGCCUACGCCCACCCGAAUCUGCAUCCCGAUCUCAGAAAGCAUUCAUGAAACUAGCUAAAGGUUUCGCGACUCUACCCAAGGUACCACUGGAUGUGGAGGGACUCCCAACAGCACGAACUUACCGUGUACCCAAACUCAGCAAAUCCACUGAAGAGCUUUUGAGGCUCGUGGAACUUCCGCCUACACCCGAAGGAAUAAACGAUGAAAUAGAAAAGAGUAUUUUGGAGUCUCGCUCCGUACUAUCUGACCUGUUAGAACCGCCGCGCCCUCAUUUUGCGAUCAGAUCUGACACCGAACCACCUCCGGACACAUCUCCGUGGACCGACGACGCUCCAGUAACAAAUCCGAAUCUCUACAAACAUCGAGCAUCAUCAACUUCGUCUCUCUCCUCCACUUCGUCAUCAUGUUCCACCUCGUCGGGUGGCUCUCCGACCACAUUGUCCCCUGCAGCUUCAUUCGCCGGUAUGGCGCCUCAGGAACUUAUCCGUCUUCACGCGAAUUUCGACUCCCGUCUUCAGCCCUUCUGGGGGAGUAUCGUUACGAAUCGUAUGGUUCGUAUCACUCUCUUUACAACGGUUGUAUCCGGGCAUCACCCAGAUCACGGCCAUGGUCCAUUGGGGACCAUAGACGUGCCGCUGACCGAUCAAGGCUAUUUCGGGCACUUGUUCCACAUACCAUACGACACAGUUUGCACUCAUCCUGGAGGGGUUCACAUCGCCUUUGGAGAUUCUUCAUCAGAACACUCACUGAUCGCAUUCGCAGAGCUACUUCCACCACCGCAGGAUACGUUCCCGGCUCAAUUCCCGAGAAACUUGAAUGACUUCAGGCCAGCAGUUCAGAGUGCACUGCAUAGCACGGCGCCAAAGGCUCAGAUACCCAUUCCGAUCACCAAUGCCCGGGUCCGGCUUAUAUCAGAUAUCGAUGACACUAUCAAGAUUUCGCAUAUCCUGCACGGAGUUCGUACCGUAUUCAGAAAUGUAUUCGUUCGUCAUCUUGAGGAACUCUCUGUUCCGGGAAUGGCGGAAUGGUACACCACACUGAGCGAUCGUGGAGUACGUUUCCACUACGUCUCCAAUUCUCCAUUUGAGCUACUUCCUGUUUUGUCGGACUUCUUCAGAGUAGGAGGGUUUCCUGGAGGAUCUCUAAAGCUCAAAUUUUACGGGGGGAAGAGCUUGUUUAAAGGCCUGUGGGAACCGGCAGGUGAACGUAAGAAAGCUGGUGUAUUGGAGGUACUUGAUAGGUUCCCGGAAUCCAAAUUUAUUCUUGUCGGUGAUUCUGGAGAACAAGACUUGGAGUUGUACACUUCCUUGGCCAAAGAUUUCCACCUUCGUGGAAGGGAUCAAAUUCUUGGGAUUUUCAUCAGGGAUGUACUUCCUGAUUUGACGACGAGCCCAGACACUUUGCCUCUAUUUUCUCCAAGGCCGCCAUCUCCUGCAUCGGAGCAGAUACCUGGAAGCUCCUAUUUCUCUCCAAAUAUCCCGCAGUCUCAAUCACCAAACUCAGACUCUUUCGGUCUAGACAGCGACCUAGCGACCUCGAAUGGGACCGGUCUGGACCGUAAUGCCACUGUUCGCGUUUCACAACAGCCAGGGAAACAAUCCCCUCCCCCUCCUCGUCAGGGCACUGGCUCCAAUAUAUCAAGACACGGGACCAUUACACAACAGACGCUUUCACAUCAACCUCAUAGCCCACAUCCUCAAUCUUCAGUGGAUUCAACCAUGUCAGUCUCCUCAUGGGUAUCCCACGCUGGGUCGUUCUACACGCAGAAUCAAGUGAAUCGCCCCAAUGCGACGCUACAGAAGAAACGCACAGAACUGGAUGCAAGGAUUGCACGAGCCGUCUCGGGAUUACCGGAACACGUUGUCUUCCGACUCUUUAAAGAACCAGAAGAAUGCAAAGCUGAAGCUGACCGGCUCAUCAAUUCAGUGCUAGGCGAUGCCAAGUCUUGAGUAUCCGAUGCAUUUCGUUCGAUUAGAUGUAUAUAUGUAUUGUGUGGCGCAGAUGUAUAAAUAGUAAUAUUAACCAGCAGAUUUAUUUUUCUCGAUCAAUGCAUCGAUUUC